AUGUUCGAUUCGUGGGAUGAGGCGGCGCUAGAGGCGGCCGUAGAAGUCGUGGAGGCGGACCCGCAGCUCGCAGAGUACGAGGCGUGGGAGGACGCGGAGCUAGCGGCGACCGUAGAUGUCUAUGUCGCGGACGAGCGGCAGGGCCAGGAGGCGGAGCGGCGGCUGCGGGUGACCGAGGAGGCGCGACGGCGGCGGGUGGCGCGGCAGCAAGAGGAGGCGGAGCGGUGGCAGCGGGAGGAGGCGGAGUGGCUAGAGUUCCUGGAGGCGCGGCGGCGACGGGAGGAGCUGACCCAACGCUGGUGGGAGGAUGGAGAAACAUGUGACUUUGUGCACUGGGUUGAUGAAGUUUGGCCUGCACCCCUUUGCAAGUCCCUAUCCAAGCUUUGGGAAAUGUAUGAUACCUGCAAACAGGAUAGGAUAAAUGAUGCCCUGGAUGAUAUUGAGAGAAGGUACAAGGCUCAGGAUGAAAUUGCAAAGCUUAAGGUUGACCUGAAGCUUGCACAAGAUGAUCUGAAGCAAGUGGUGGAAGAGAAGCAGGUUACACUAGCUUUGAAGGCCAAAGCUGAACAAGCUCUGAUUGAAGCUAGGGCAGAACUUGAGGAUAAGAAAAAAUUGGAUGCAUCUACUUGUAACAUGCACAAGUGUUUGAGGUUAAAGGCAGAGCAAGAGAGGGACAAGUUGAAGGAAGAGAAGAGGAAGCUAGAGCGCUUCAUUGCUGAACUGAUGAAACAUAAUGAAGGGGCUAGGUCAAAGCUUAGGAAGAUCAAAGAAAUAUGUGAUGAGUAG